ACUAAUUCAUGCAACCAUUAAAAAACAACAGUUGAACAAGUUUCAACGACUAAUUGUUUUUGGAGAAUGGAGAGUCAUUGAAAACUUCCAACUCACUAGAGCAUCUGGGAAGUUUAGAGCAACCAAGCAUACAUACAAAAUGUCGAUAAUGAAUUCAACAAUCAUUACUCGAUGCCAGUCUUUGUCUAAUGAUUUUUAUGUUGAUCUUGCUGCAUUUGAAGUAAAUACUUCAUAAUCUAUUUUUUCCUUCUCAGAUGUUCUUGGUCAGGUAGUAUCUGUUGGGCAGAUGAAAACGUCUUCACAAAAUGAUAAACCAAAAAAAAGGUUGGAGGUUGAGUUGAGAGAUACCAGUGACCAGCGGCUAUCAUGUACUCUAUGGGGGAAAUUUGCAGAUUCAAUGUGGGAAGCAUGUAGAAAAGAAGAACGUGGAAUUGUCAUAUGUUUGCUUCGAUGUGCUAAAAUCAAUACUUACAAUGGUGAUAGAUCUGUCUCAAAUGCAUUUGACAUGUCUUUAAUGCUACUCAACCCAGACUACACAAUAGUCAAUGAAUUUGUGGGGAACUUGCCAAAUGAUAAUUUACAAAUCACCUUUCAAGACAAAAACACAUCAUCUAUCAGAGAAGGAAAGGAUAAGGAUGAUUACAUCAAUCAAUUCCCUAUGAGCACAAUUUCUGACUUGCUUGAAGCUAAUAUGGAAGGAAAGUUCAAGAUAAUUUGUACCGUCUACCACAUUGAUAUGGAAUUUGGUUGGUAUUACUUUGAAUGUCUCAAAUGUAAAAAUACUUGCUAUUUGAUUCCAAAGAAAGAGAAUGAACCUCCCAGCAAAACAAAGAAGCCUUUGUUUUGGUGUCAAGAAUGCAAACAAGAAGUGACCAAAGUUGUUUCCAGGUACAAACUAAUUCUUGAUGUCAUGGACACAACUGGUGAAUCUAAGUUCAUCUUAUUUGACACAAAUGCUCAAAAGGUUGUGGGGCAUACUACAACACAGUUACUAAACGGACAGUAUGAUGAGAUUUCUGAUCCAACUAAGGUGCCCGAGCCUUUAACUAACUUGGUUGGUAAAACUUAUAUGUUCCUUGCUACUGUGGAGACCUCCAACAUCAUUGCAGGCAAAGAAACUUAUAAAUGUCAAUAUGUGGAAUUGGGCGGUGACAACAAGCAAGUCGACCAUACUGAAGAUUCUGAAUUACCAACUGAUCCUAAAGAUGUUAUUUCAAUAGACCAGGACCAAAACUGUAUCACUAAUAGCAGUGAUAAUGGAGAUGGAAAUCCAACUGCAAUGACUACUCCUUCAUCGAAAAGGAGAGAAGACCCAAAUGAUGAAAAUGACCAAGAAUCAACUUCGAAAAGGCUUUGUUUACCAUCAAUCACAGCGGCUAUUGAAAAAGAAUGUGACAAGGAUGUAGCAAAAGAAAAGGAUGGUGAGAAGUUUGGCGAUGUUGGAGACUUGGAAGGACAUCAAAAAGAUGGCGAGAAGGAUCAGGCUACUGCUACUUAAAAGUUAUUUGCAGAGAUACUUUGUUUUCGUUUUUUAUAUUAGUUUUAAGAUUUUAUUCCAAUAAAGUAGUAUGGUUUUUUCAUGUUUGGUUAUAGUUUGUUGCAUUGGCAAUAAGUUAUAACACAAACAUUUUUCCAUACUACUAGCAAUAUUGUAUUUCUGGUUUUUUACUUAUUCUGGUUUAAAGAUUUUCAAUGCUAAGAUGUUUUUAUUUCAUUGAAGUUCUUUGAUUA